AACAGACGCUCCCACUGUUUCCUGUCCUCCUCAAAUACAGCAGGUGGUUGAUCAAUAUGCUGAUCUGAUGCAGGAGCCCUUUGGGUUACCCAACCGGCCAACCAAGCAUCACAUUGAGCUGCUGCCUGGAGCGGUCCCUCCCAAGGGCCGCAUCUACAGGAUGUCCCCUGGUGAGCUUGAGGAGCUCAGACGACAGCUUGAGACCUUGACCAGCAAAGGCUGGAUCAGGCCCAGCACUUCUGAAUUCGGCGCUCCAGUCCUCUUUGUUCCAAAGGGGAGUGGCGAGUUCAGAAUGUGCAUCGACUACAGGGGUCUCAACAAGAUCACUAGGAAGAGUACAGAGCCACUUCCUAGGAUCGAUGACCUUCUGGACAUGGUCCAGGGAUGCACCAUUUUCAGCAAAGUCGACCUCAAGUAUGGUUAUCACCAGAUUGAGAUGGCAGAGGAGGAUGUCCACAAGACAGCCUUCAAAACCAGAUAUGGUACUUAUGAGUAUCUGGUUAUGCCAUUUGGACUUUGCAAUGCACCUGCAACGUUCCAGACAGAGAUGCACCGCAUCUUCAGGCCUUACCUGGAUAAAUUUAUGGUUGUCUACCUGGAUGAUAUCCUUGUAUUCAGCAAAACUACCAGGGAACAUGUGGAGCAUCUGGCUCUGGUUCUUCAGUCAUUACGUGACAGCCAGUAUAAGAUCAACAAAGAGAAGUCCUCUUUUGGAGUUCCCUCUAUGAUCUACCUGGGUCAUGCCUUGACUCAUGCCCCUAUUCUGAAGCUACCUGACCCAAGCCUGUCAUUUAUCCUGACCACUGACGCCAGUCAGUAUGGCAUUAGGGCAGUACUUUGGCAGGAUGAUGGGAAUGGUCUGAGACCUUUCGAGUUUAUGAGUAAGAAGAUCAAGACUCAGAAGCUUCAGGACUCUACCUACGAGAAAGAGCUAUAUGCUCUUGUCAGUGCCAUGAAACAUUGGAAGCACUUUCUCCUGGGCAGGCACUUCAAGAUCUUCUCUGAUCAUUCCACUUUGCAGUGGUUGAAGUCCCAGGGAGAGUUGAACGACAAGUUGGCACGCUACAUUCAGUUCAUCGACCUGUUUGACUUUGAACUGAAACACAAGAAGGGCUGCUACAAUAAGGUAGUUGACACCCUCUCUCGUAGGCGUGAUUCUUUUGCGCUGAUCUCCUCUACUCACUCCUUUGGAGAGGAGGUCUGUCAGACCAUUACUCGCUUACUGCCUCAGGAUCCGACUUAUGGACCCAUCGUCAGGAAUUUGCAAGCAGAUCUCAAUUCUGAACCUGGCUAUGCUAUGAGUUCAGAUCUGCUGUACACCUACAGUAGAGGAGAGGAGCGCUUAUGUAUUCCUGAAGAUCAGCAGUUGAGGACACUGCUGAUGUCAGAGUGCCACGAUGCACGUGGACACUUUGGGUUCUUAAAGUCGUAUGCAGCCCUGUCGCAGCGCUUCUUCUGGAAGGAGAUGCAGAGUGUUAUGCUGCGCUAUGUGGAAACCUAUGAGUUAUGUCAGAGGAACAAGGUUCAGCGGAAACCUCCUCUGGGACUGCUCAAACCCUUGCCCAUACCUUUUGGUCCUGCACGGUCUGUAUCCAUUGAUUUCACAGACUUAGGCAAGACCACCCCUCAUGGCAUGCGUCAGGUUAUGGUCUGCGUUGACAGGUUUUCCAAAUACGCAGAGUUCAUCCCCUUACCAGAGGUAGCGAGGGUCCCGGCUGUGAGAGCAGCCUUCUCUGAGAGUGGGAAGAGCACCAUGCCCUACAGUAAGGCUCAAGAAGAGCAAACCGCUGCCAUCCUGAGGGACAGGAAAGAGAAGAAGGAGCUCCUUAGACAGGCGAAGAUGAAGGUGAUAGCAGAGGAGCAGGCGGCGAAGAAAAAGAAGCUAGAGGAGGAGAUGAAACGGUUGCUGCAAGAAGAGGAGGAGAGAAUGAGGGCUGCAGAAGAGGAAGAAAUUGAAGAGGAGGAGCGGCCAGAAGAGGAGCCCCUCAGAAGAAGAAGAUUGGGGGAAGGAGGAGAGAGCAGUGGCACGAAGGAAGAUGACCCGUGGGUGGAGAAGAAGAUAAGUGAGUGGGUGGCUAAUUUGACUCUGGGAGAAGACGAAGAGGCAAUGUUAUAUAUACCUCAGGAGGAGAAGGAAGCAGCAAUUAAGGAGAUCGAGGCGACGAGUGAUCCCUUAGAACGCCAGGCAAUAGAGAAUGAGAAGAGGUUGGAUUGGAAGUUACGCCUGGCGAGGGAGAAGAAGAGGAGGACAGAGGAAGCCAACCGGAUUGCUAGAGAAGUGGAGAGCUUACAGACAUGUAGGCAGGAAGUAGAAGCCCAGCCUGAUAUUCAGGCUAAGUUAGACAAGAUCCUUGGGAGCAUCGAGCUCCUAGGUAGGGCCUGGACUGAGCACCAUCAGUCUGUUAGGGGCCAGGAAAUGGGCCUCCACUCCAUCCGGUCCGGUUUCAAGGAAUUCGCGCGCGAUGUAAUGACCCAUGCAGGGACCGAAGUUAGGAAGCUAAAGGAGGGCGCAGAGAAACUUUGCGCAAGCACCAUCGAGGGCGCCAAAGUAGUGGCCGCUGCAGAGAUCGAAGGGCGUCCCCGCAAAGAACCUAUUAAGCUUACGUUCUCUGAUUCUUAUGGCGGGAAGAAGGACGAGAACUUCGAUAAUUGGGAGGCUAGCAUUAACACGUACGUGUAUCUCCAGCACAUUGCGCCUGAGGAGCAAGUCCUCGUAGCCUUCCAUGCCUUAAAGGAUGAAGCGGCCAGCUUUGCCAGGUCCCUCGCUCGAGCAGCCGAUUGUGAACACAAUAUGGUUGCGUAUUCCAAACUCACCCCUCUUCACCAAUUCCUCAAACUCCUCGGAGAGAGAUUUGUUGACGUCACGUGAGGCGUCAGAGCCUCAGAUAAACUGCAAACGAUCCA